AUGCCUGAAGUUUCAGAGGUUGCUCACAUUGUUGCAUUAUUAAAAAGGAAUGUGAUUGGGUUUAAAAUAUCAAAAGUCAAUCUACAAUUAGAUAAAUUAUUAUUCCCAGUGUUGAAAGACUCACCAAACCCUGAAGAAGAGCUAGAAAAAAUGAAACAGACAUUCAUUGAUUCAGAAAUUCAUUCUACUGGUAGGCACGGCAAAUAUUUCUGGUUAAGAUUAUUAAGAGGUGGAGAUCCAAAAGAAAAUUCAAACGUGUUGUUGAUGCACUUUGGCAUGACUGGUAUGAUUAAGAUACGGAAUGUUAAAUCUCAUUUAGUAUUUAUGGAGAAUGGUGGUGAUAAAAAGUUUAAAAAGAAAUUAGAAGGUGAAGAGGACGAAGCUAGUGAAAUUAAAGUUGAAUUAGAUUCUGAAUGGCCUCCAAGAUUUACAAAAUUCGAGUUUGAGUUGAUAAAGGGAGAUAAUAAAUUAGAGUUAGCUUUUUGUGAUCCAAGAAGAUUAGGUAGAGCUAGAUUAAUAACGGAUCCAAAAGCUGCAACAGAUGAAGGUCUAUUAACAUUACCACCAUUGAACGUGUUGGGACCAGAUUAUAGUAAAUCAGAAGAAUAUGUCAAAUCGGAAACUGAAUUUAUAUUUGGUGAUCCUGAUCCACUGCAUCAUGGAAGACCAAGGUUAGGUAUUCAAGAUUUCAACAAAUUAAUAUUAACAAGAAAAAAACCACUUAAGAGUCUUUUGUUAGAUCAACAAUUAUUCGCAGGUGUUGGAAAUUGGGUUGGUGAUGAAAUUACAUUCCAUGCAAAAUUACAUCCAGAAGAAGUGAUAUCAAGUAAAGUGGAAAACAAUAUAGAAGUGAUCCAUCCAAUUAUACAAAAAUUAUACGACUCAAUAAUAUAUGUAUGUGAGGAAUGUGUGAAAUGUGAAGGUAAUGCAAAACAAUUCCCCGAUCAUUGGUUAAUGCUUCAUCGGUGGGGUAAAGCUAGAAAAAAACAAGGGAAAUCUCAAACUAAAGAAGGAUAUGUUUUAGAUCAUAUAACUGUUGGUGGAAGAACCAGUUGUUAUGCACCAGAAAUACAAAAAUUAUUGAAAAAGGAAUUUGGGGUUGAAGAUGGUGAUGUUGAAGUUAAAAAAGAGCCAAAGAAGAAAGCUGCUAAAUCAAUCAAAGAUGAGCCAAAUGUGGAAGUGGAAGUGUCACUCAAAGAACCCAAAAAAAGUCCAAGAAAAAGAGUCAAAAAAGAAGAGGACGUAGAGUUGAAAGAAACCAAAGUCAUAAAACCCAAAAGAGCAAAGAGGGCCACAGAAAACCCACCAAACGGAGAAGCACCGAAGGAGACAGAAGUAGUAAGCGGCAGAAGAAGAUCAACACGUAUAAAAUCUAGAACUAAUAUAUAG